AGCACGGUGAAGUGAUCGGGCUCAAAGCAGGCAACCACAGGAAGGAGUCGCGCUGUGUGCAGCAGUGAUGGUGGUGGAGGGGGAGCGGACGCUGCUGGCCGCGAGGCAGGGGGACGUGCCGACCCUGAAGGGGCAGCUGGCCCAGAAAGCCCUCACCAGCGACAUCAAGGACGGGCUGGGGGCUUCACCCGUCCACCACGCAGCCCGGGCCGGGAAACUAACCUGCCUGCGCUUCCUAGUGGAGGAGGCUGGGCUGCCGGGGAACUGCCUGGCUAACAAUGGGGCGAGCCCGGCACAUGACGCAGCAGCCACCGGGAACCUGGCCUGCUUACAGUGGCUGCUGACCCAGGGGGGAUGUGGGCCAGAGGACCGGGAUAGUUCUGGUGCCACAGUUCUCCACCUAGCGUCCCGCUUUAGCCACCAUGAGAUCACAGACUGGCUGCUGAAGAGCGGCGAGGUGGACCCCGGGGCGUCCACCGACACAGGAGCCGUCCCCGUUCACUACGCUGCUGCCAAGGGAGACCUGCCCUCUCUCCGCCUGCUACUGGGGCACAGCCCAAACGUUGUCAACUCCCAAACUAAGAAUGGUGCCACACCGCUCUACCUGGCCUGCCAGGAGGGUCACCUGGAGGUCGUCCAAUACUUGGUCAAGGAUUGUGGGGCGGAUCCGAGCAUCAGAGCCAAUGACGGGAUGACACCUCUACACGCUGCUGCCCAGAUGGGCCACAACACUGUCAUCGUCUGGCUAGUAUGUUGGGAUAUGAGUUUCACAGAGAUCAGCCUGACAGGCAGGGAUAAUGACGGGGCCACAGCGAUGCACUUUGCAGCCAGCCGGGGCCACGCCAAGGUGCUCAGCUGGCUGCUGCUGCACGGCGGAGAGAUUGUCACUGACAACUGGGGAGGGACGCCGCUUCACGACGCUGCAGAGAACGGUGAACUGGAGUGCUGUCAGAUCCUUGUGGUCAAUGGGGUGGACCUGGGCACCAGGGACCAGGACGGCUUCACAGGAGCAGACCUGGCUGAGUACAACGGCCACUCCCAGUGUGCCAAAUAUCUGCGCACUGUGGAGAACAUGAGUGUGGAGCACCGUGUUUUGUCCCGGGACCCCUCAAUGGACCUCGAGUACAAGCAGCCGGACUCGGGUCUCUCGUCCCCAAACACCACCAUGCCCCCCGCCAGCCAGGCGGCACACUUUGACAUCAAUUCACCAUCCAGCUCUCUGUCCAACUACGACUCAGCCAACUCCAGCCAGUCCAGCACUGGGGAGAAAAGGAGCAGCUUGACCACGACACGCGGGCCGCCAGCUCAGCUGAACACAGUCGCACACACAGGUGCAUCAGAGUCAGCCAUUUCAGACAUGCAGGCGUAUAUGGACAUGCUAAACCCAGACAUAAGAUCUGAAGUGACCAAGAAGAACGAGAUACCUUCUGAUGCCGCCUCCAAGCCCCCACCACCACCAACCUAUCCACCCCCGCCUCCCCCACAGGCCCCCCCGUCGCCUCCUCCACCCCCCAGCUUUCAAGCACCAACGCCCCCUAAGGAGCCGACAUCAGCGGAGUUCCUGAAGGUGAAAAGCAACCUGCGACACGUGGACAGCAACACCAGCAAGACGGAGCAGCUGACUCCUGGAGAAAAACACGACAAAUUGCGGCGUGUGGAUUCAAACAGGAAGUCAAGGAGUUUCAGUAAGCAGCCCAGCACUGGGGAUUACUACAAGAGCCUGGGCAGCGACACAGCCGAGCCCCGAGGGAGCAAAGGGAUGGCGCCCAACGAGGAGGGCUCUGUGUUAUUGGAGGAGCCGACCGACAGCCCGGCCCACAGCUCAGAGAACGGCACCACAGAGGAAUCAGCUGCACCGCCCCCUCCUCCACCUCCGCCCCCUCUACCUCCAAACAACCCCACGCCAACACCCCCUCCACCUCCUCCAUUGCCCCCGGAGACGCCAACCACCCCUCAUCACUCUGCCGGUAGCACCUCCAACAACCAGCGACGCCUAUCUUCCUCAUCAGGAAGCACAAAAUCUUUCAACAUGAUGUCCCCCACUGGCGACAACUCAGAGCUGCUGGCAGAGAUCAAAGCAGGGAAGAACCUGAAGCCAACACCUCACAGUAAAGGCUACACCACCGUCUUCUCCAACAGCGGACCCACAGGCAAUAAUGAAAACCCAUCUCCACCAGAGACACGCACACCUAGCCCACUAGGCAAGCAGCCACCCUCUCCCGUCUCCAAAGCAUCUGUCACCUCCCCACCUACCACCCCUAGCCCCAGUCCUACUGGCUCUGGAUCUGCCAGGACCAUGUCGACCUCGGCAAGCUUCGAGCGACUGUCCUCUAACUCUGUGGUCAAUGGUAAUGGCGGUGGCUGCACAGCAGGAGCUGAGUCGGGGCGGAAGAUGAGCCUUGCAGAUGUGGAGGCGCUGGUGCCCACUCAUGAUGAACAGGGAAAAGCCAUCCCUGAAUGGAAGAGGCAGGUCAUGGUGCGAAAGCUUCAGGUCAAGAUGCAAGAUGAGGACGAGCACAAGCGCAAGGUUGAGGAGGAGGCUGCACGCCUGGCAUCGAUGCCAGCCUGGAGGAGAGACAUGAUGAAGAAGAAAAUGGACGAAGAGAGAUGUGACAGGGAACAAAAAAGAAAACAGGAGCAGCAGGCCAAACAGGUGAAGGACAUGGAGGAGAAGACGGAGCUGGAGCGACUACGGAACCUGGGCUACGAUGAGACCAAGCUGGCCCCCUGGCAGCGACAGAUCAUUCUGAAGAAAGGGGAUAUAGCCAAAUAGUGAACUAAGCCGUCUGCCCCUGCUCCUUCCAAGGCCUUCACUGAACACCUCCCCGCCCCUAAUCCUCGCACUGUACACUGGACAGUGGAGAAAGCUUGUCUCAAUCUGCGACCUUCAGAAUCACAGGACCAUGCUAUGGCUCACCCUGGGUGGGGUUACCCGCCACCUCCCAUUGAAAGUCUCUUGGACAAAAACUAUUGAUCUUUUAGUGCUAACAAUAGUCGUGACAUGCACUGAUUCUCCUUACUUAAGACAUUUGCUAUUAAUGCAUGUGUCUUGACUAAAUUAUGAUUAUCUGUUGUAUUUAUUGCUUUCCUGCAAAUCAAUAGAAGCUAUUUCACAUAAAAGAUUUACAAAAAAAAGAGGUUAGUGUGGGAAAGGGGCUUACUUACUUGUUAUCAUUCAUUGCAUGUAUAUUUUCUUUUCAUUAGCCACACUCACUGUUAUGUAAGGAAUUUAAAAGUAACUCCAUAACAGUCGUGUCAUGUGACAAUGGCAUUGACGUACUCAGCAAAGUCUUAUUAAACCCUGAAGCAGCUAAUCCAUUCUGUAUGUAGAAAAUCACUUCUUCAUUAUGUUAUAUUAGUCAUAAGAUUUUUGUAUCAUGCUCAUAGAAGCAAUUUCUAAAUGGCUUCAAUUUACUGCCAGAGUUGUUAUCCUAACACUGCUCAAACUAAUCUGUUUCUUUAGAUAAGCUUGUUGUAAUUUCUCAGUGGAUUGAAAUAUUUAUAUAUAUGAUAUUUUAAACAAGGUAAAGAUUAUGUAGCUGUGCAAAUAUAAUUUGACUAAUAAUAUUUGAGAAAAAGCUGUAUGUGGACCUAAAUGUUAGACUGUUAUGAUCAUGAAUCGAGCAUGUAGUUAUGUAAAUGUUCGCCCAUUUGCCUCAAGGACCCUGGAAUGUCUUUGAAGAAUAGCAAACAAAAAACAAGACAGUACAAUUUUGCUAGGUUUCAAAUUCAACAUGACCGUGCACAUAUUAGGAGCAGCUUCUUACAUCAGAUGUCUCAUUUGCACCCUGAAAAGACAAGUAAAGAAGACGUCAGUUUAUCCUGUGUCCUGAUCUGGCCUUCGUCCCACUAACCUGGAGGAUACAUUUUUGAUGAGCAGAUCUGCUUACAGAAUACAGAGGGCUCUCUUACUGCCACCAAUAACGCCAAAAAUCUAAUCUAAUAGUACAAACACUAAAGUGUAAAGCAUAGUUUCAAUAUUUUUGGCUCAAACAUCGGAUUAUGAACAUUAGGAAGACAUAUACAAUGUACUACUAUAUACGAUUACAUUUGGAAAAAAUGAUUUGACAGGAGCGACACAAAUGCCAGGUUGAUACUUUUACAGCUACUUUCUAAACACAUUUGUUGUGCAUGGGUUUAUACAUUUGGGGCUAAAUAUGAACAUGUGAGGCUGUGCUGAAUGUUUUUGGCAGAACUGAAAAGGCAGAUUUGAAAUGUUAGUAGAGCAAUAGUCUGUGACAUUUAAGAGCAACUGAACCUCCCUUAUAAUGUCAGAUGAAGUUUCCCCACACAAUGGAAAAAUAUUCUCUAUGUUUACUACAUUUAUGUUGGAUGUACAUUUUUUCAUGUGUAGGGUACGUCAUGAAAGACAAUGCUUCUGGUUGGGGAAACAUUUGGAAUUUCAUGCCAUAUGAUGUUGAAAUUGAGAAAUGAUGUUAACGUCAUUGCCAUUUGAAUUUCUAUACAUAUUUAAACUCUGUAUAUAGUGACCCUCUCAGAUUUUUGUUGUUUCAUUGUUUCCAUAUUGCAUUACAUUACAUGUCUCAGCCUUGCUUGAAUAGAAUGUGGCUAAUUCAUGUGUAAUU